AGUAGGGAUUAGGGUUUGGAUGGAGUAAGGAAUAAAUAGAGGGAAUAAAUAGUGGUCUAUUAUUUUAUCGUGAAGAAGAUCAGCAAAUCUGUGAAUACAAGAUCGAAUGGCAUACUCCGAUUCCGAUUCCGAUUCCGAUUCCGAUUCCGAUUCGAAUCUUAUAAGCAGCGUUCGCGUAGAGAUGCCUCCCCAUCGACCUAAGGAAAGCCUCGGUCCCAAUCAGUACCUAGCGUACACCAGUCUUCCGAUCAGUCUCAUCUGCGACUCUUGUGGCAACCGCAUGCCCAAAUGCUCCGAGAUUGCCGUCACACACGAUGUCUCGGGCAAAGGUGGUCGAGAUAUAACUUGGUCCAAGAUCUACGUGGAUUGCACCAAUUCAAAUUGCAUAGCUGAGAUCACGUUAAAGCGUAAGGGCUGCAAAUUUGUUGUUUUGUCUGGUGCAACUCCGUAUUUCCGGCCAGAGGAUGAGAAAUUGGAAUGUCCUGGCAAAGUUAGGAUAAAAACCCACCGCAUCUAUCAAGGAAAUCUUACUUCUUCUGGAGUUAUGGCUUCUAUUGCUUCUUCAGUUAUGGCUCCUAGCAAGAUCAACUCGAAACAAAAGAGACGGAAACGAAAGAUCAUUCCCGCUAAAUGAUGACAAGCCACGAGGGUAAAAUUUUAGUUUGGUUGGAUUACAUUCUUUUGAUAAGACACAUUAGACCUUGUUUUUAUACUUGUAGAUUGUGAGCUCUUUAAAUGCAAAAAUAACUUGUAAUAUUUUAACUCGGCACAUGCAGUGUGCUUCAUUGAAGUUUAUAAUAGAAUUUGCCUAUUAAAGUGUGUUUAGUAA